AUGUUAGGAUCAGAAAUAGCGAAGAAAAUCAGAGUCUAUAUUACAGAACUUGCAGUAACAAAAGUAAGAAAUAUUACUCUCCAUUCAUUUGACAAUCUCCAACAGAUACACAAAAGGAGAUGGACCUUCAUUCAUUUUGAUGCAGCUUACGAUCGUCUGGAGUUUAGAUCGGCUUCAGGUAUAAUAGUACGGAACGAGAAUAGAGAGAUUCUUGCAUCACAGGCAGUCAUUCACUCCAUCAUUGUAGAUCCAUUCACAGCAGAGGCAUAUGCAAGGUUACAGGCAAUAAAAUUAGGGAUUAGACUGGGAGUCAAUAAAUUAACAGUUUUAGGAGAUUCCAAAACUGUUAUCAAGAAAUGCCAAAGCUUCUUCACUGAUAAAUCAGUCAUUGGAGCAAUUAUCACAGAUAUCCAAAGUAUAAAAAACAGGUUACAAGAAAUUGAGUUUACUUUCGUCCCUAAAGCACAGAAUAUUUAUGCCCAUACUAUAGCAAAGGAGGCUCUUAGAAGAAGAGAAAGUUUUUACCUGGAGAAGGAAGUCCCAGAAGUGGUUCGGAGAACGGUAGGAAAUCUCUGGCCAAAUCCUCCGGAUUGA